GCAGGCGACAAUUGCGCUCAUUGAGCAGCUAAGGGGGCGUUCGGAGAGAUCGCUAUUAAGGUUAUUUAUUUGUUCUAUCUUUAUCAUUCAUUAGAUGUAAACAAGGAUAGAAUGAUGCAAAUAGCGCAAAUAGCGCAAAUAGCUUCUUCCUGAACACACCUUUGGUAGCACGGACUAGAGAACGUAGUACGUAGCACUCAGUAGCACAUGAAGAUGAUUGGUUGGUGGAUCCUUGAGUAUAUACGCUAGAUCAGCUGUAAAACAAAUUACUACACUGUACCAGGUUAAUGGGUUAAACUGGGUUAAACAGUGCGUCUCCUUUCAGUCCUGUCCUGUCUCCACGUGUCUCUCCAUCACACGUGUACAUACAUACGUACACUGAGCGAUAAAGAAAAUGAUUUUGUCGAGGGCCAAGCCAGCCUCGUCGGAAGGCGUUCGAACGUCAGCGUCGCGCAAGGAAAUACCGAAAUUGGAAGAGUUCCUGGAUAAACGAGACUAUACUGGCGCUCUGACGCUACUAGAAUUCAACAGCGGCACAAGCGCCACCCUGGAGACGGACUUGUGGAUGGGAUACUGCGCCUUUCACUUGGGCGAUUACAAGCGCGCGGCGACGAUCUAUGAAAACCUGAGGCAGAAAGAUUACGUACCACCGGACGUCCCGUCAAAUCUAGCGUGUUGCUACUUUUAUCUAGGCAUGUAUCCCGAGUCACAGAAAAUCCUGGAAGAGGCGGCGGACAGCAAAUUGCGAACUAGACUACUGUUUCACCUGGCCCUCAAGAUGGGCAAUGAAUCCAAGUUGGCGGAAUAUCAUCGAAUGCUGCAGGACGUUAUUGAGGAUCAGCUCAGUCUAGCGUCAAUUCAUUACUUACAAGCUCACUAUCAAGAAGCUAUCGAUGUUUAUAAGAGAAUUUUAUUGGACAACAGAGACUAUCUAGCUUUAAAUGUAUAUGUAGCUUUGUGCUAUUACAAGCUAGAUUACUAUGAUGUAGCUCAAGAGGUGCUUCAAGUUUACCUACAGAAAUAUCCAGAUAGUGCAAUCGCAAUUAAUUUGAAAGCAUGUAAUCACUUCCGUUUGUACGAUGGAAAUGCUGCACAGGUUGAAAUGAAGCAACUUAUUGAGAAGAUAUCAAGUUCUUUCAGUUCUGGUCAUGAUCUUUUACGACAUAACACAGUUGUCUUUAGAAAUGGUGAAAACGCUUUGCAAAUUUUACCCAAUUUGGUGGAUGUCAUACCAGAAGCCAGACUCAAUUUAGUAAUAUAUUAUUUGAAACAAGAUGAUGUCAAGGCAGCCUAUGACUUGAUCAAAGAUUUGGAACCAACGGUUCCACAAGAAUAUGUUUUAAAGGGUAUGGUUAACGCCAUUGUAGGCCAGGAGACCAAUUCUCGUGACAGUAUAAAAACUGCACAACAGUACUUUCAACUAGUGGGUUCUUCAGCUUCGGAAUGCGAUACCAUACAUGGUAGACAAUGUAUGGCCUCCUUCUUCUUCCUUUACCGGCAGUUCGAGCGAGUCAAGCUAUAUCUGAAUUCAAUAAAGACAUAUUUUCCCAAUCAGGAUAAUUUUAACUUUAAUUACGCUCAAGCGCAAGUUGGAGCGGGUUACUUUAAAGAAGCCGAAGAAGCUUUCCUGAUGAUACGUAAUGAAAAAUAUAAAAACGAUUAUAUUUACAUUAGUCUUCUAUCAUAUUGCUACAUAAUGAACAAAAAGGCUGAAUUGGCUUGGGAACUGUAUUUGAAAAUGGACACAUCGGCGGAAUCUUUCAAUCUAUUACAAUUGAUUGCCAAUACAUGUUACAAGGUGGGCGAAUUCUGGUAUGCCGCUAGAGCUUUCGAUAUGCUGGAGCGCAUGGAUCCGAGCCCUGAACAUUGGGAAGGAAAACGUGGCGCAUGCUGUGGUACCUUUCAGUACAUUAUCGCGGAAAAGUUACCCAAAGAACUGCUACCGGAAGUGAUACAAAUUCUGAAAAAUACAUCUAAUUCUCAAGUGGAGCAGAUAAUACGCGUUAUGCGCAAGUGGGGAAAGGAUAACAAAGCGAAUUGUUAAUAUCAUCAAAUUUCAUCGAAUGACAAUUCCGUGAUUAAUUCCGUCCAAAAAAACGCUUUCUAUAUUUUGUAAGUAGCACCGUAUAACACAUUUAAUAUGUGUAGUACGCAUAUCGUUUUAAAUAUAUUUGUUACAACAAUAAAUUACGAUGCUCUAUCUUAAUAAAACAACGAUGACUCUACCACGAAUCUCUCUCUCUCUCUCUCUUUCUUGUAUAUCUUAUUUAAUAUAAAACUAAAAAUUUGUAAAUUUUUAGUUGAAUAAAAAAUAACACUUUAUUAUCGA